AUCCGAGGUAUCCUCACGGCUAUCCGCCUCCGCAGGGUUAUCCAGGGUAUCCUCCUCAGGGCUACCCUCCACCGCAAGGCGGUUAUCCUCCGCAGCAGGGUUACCCGCCUCCACCCGCCGGCUACCCUCCUCAAGGGUAUCCUCAACAGGGUUACCCACCCGCCGGUUACCCCCCUCAGGGAUACCCCCCACAGGGUUACCCGCCUCCUGCCGGCUAUCCGCCUCAAGGAUACCCGCCUGCCGGUUAUCCGUCUGGUUCUGCUUACCCCGCACCCCACGGCUACCCAA